GCAAUACGGAACUGUGGGUUGUGUUAGACAAAGCAGGGCUCUUGGACUGUGUGACAGCUGUGUAGGGGAAAGAAGAUGCAGGCAUUCUAGCAGCCGCCGUCCCUGCUGAAGUCUGCAGCCUACUGACAUUAGGGGGCCUGAUAUUCAAAGCACAUGAUGGAGGAGCCAGACAGGGAGGCAGUGGCCACAGCGGUGCAGCGAGUGGCUGGGAUGCUGCAAAGACCUGAUCAGUUGGAUAAGGUAGAACAAUACCGCAGAAGAGAGGCUCGAAAAAAAGCAUCUGUUGAGGCUCGGCUUAAGGCAGCAAUUCAAUCACAACUUGAUGGUGUCAGGACUGGCUUAAAUCAACUUCACAAUGCACUUAAUGAUGUAAAAGACAUCCAGCAGUCCCUUGCAGAUGUCAGCAAGGACUGGAGGCAGAGCAUUAAUACAAUUGAGAGUUUGAAGGAUGUGAAGGAUGCAGUCGUUCAGCAUAGUCAAUUGGCAGCUGCUGUAGAAAAUCUUAAGAACAUUUUCUCAGUACCUGAGAUUGUACGAGAAACCCAAGAUCUCAUUGAACAAGGGGAACUUCUGCAAGCACAUCGCAAACUGAUGGACCUGGAGUGUUCUCGAGAUGACUUAAUGUAUGAACAAUACCGUAUGGACAGCAAAAAUACUCAUGACAUGAACCUAAUCCAGAAUUACUUUGGCAAAGUGCAUCCACUGUCAGAAGAGCUGGCUAAACAGCUGUGGAUGGUCAUACAGAGGUCCAUAGUCACAGUUCGACGGGAUCCUACCUUGCUUGUCUCAGUUGUCCGUAUCAUUGAAAGGGAGGAGAAAGUUGACCGCCGUAUGAUGGACAGGAAAAAGCAAACUGGUUUCAUCCCUCCUGGUAGACCCAAGAAGUGGAAAGAUAAAAUGUUUGAUGUUCUUGACAAAACAAUAAUAACUAGGAUAGAAGGGAGUCAAGCAGAUACAAGGGAGUCGGAUAAAAUGUGGCUGGUGCGCCAUUUGGAAAUCAUUCGGAGAUAUAUGCUAGAGGAUCUUAUAAUAAUAAAAAAUCUUAUGGUGCAAUGCUUUCCCCCAAGUUACAACAUAUUCAACAGGGUAUUGGAUUUAUACCACCAAGCAUUAUCUUCCCGAAUCCAGGAGCUGGCAUCAGAAGAGCUAGAAGCAAAUGAGAUUGUUAGUCUUCUUACCUGGGUGUUAAAUACCUACCAAAGUGUAGAGAUGAUGGGGAACCCAGAGCUGAUUCCAGAAAUAAAUGUGAAGUCACUGAAGCCACUUCUUUCUCAGGACAUAGUGGACCAGUUGCUCCAUAAAUACAUGGCAACUCUCAGAUCUAACAUCAUUGCCUGGUUAAGAAAAGCACUUGAGACUGACAAAAAGGAUUGGGACAAGAAUACUGAGCCUGAAGCUGACCAAGAUGGGUACUUCCAGACUACAUUGCCUGCCAUUGUUUUCCAGAUGUUUGAGCAGAAUCUGCAGGUUGCUGCACAGAUUAGUGAUGAUUUAAAAAAGAAAGUCCUUCAUUUGUGCCUCCAACAGAUGAAUACUUUUCUAAAUAGGUACGCAGAGGAAGCCCAGCUUUAUAAAGAAGAUCAUCUUAGGAGUCGACAGCAUCCUGCUUGUUAUGUCCAGUAUAUGAUUGCUAUUAUCAACAACUGCCAAACUUUUAAAGAAUCCAUUGUCAGCUUGAAAAGGAAAUAUCUAAGAGAUGAAGAUGACAUAAUAGGGUUUGGUUCCUCUGCUAUGGACACAACAUUGGACAGUAUUGCCAAUGAUGGAUGCUGUAGCCUCUUAGAUGAGGUCUUCAUGGAUCUAGAGCAACAUCUUAAUGACCUGAUGACAAGAAAAUGGCUGGGAGGAUCAAACACAGUGGAUACAAUUUGUGUUACCAUAGAAGACUAUUUUAACGACUUUGCAAAAAUUAAAACACAUUACAACCAGGAAAUGACUAUAAAAGCUCACAGGAAAGUAGUGACAGAGUACAUUAAAGCAAUCAUGCAGAAGCGCAUCUCCUUCAGGAAUGCUGAGGAACGCAAGGAGGGAGCAGAGAAAAUGAUAAAGGAAGCGGAACAGUUUAAAUUCCUGUUUAAACGCCUUACUGCUGGCUUUAUUGAGGACACUGAUGGGCUGUGUAACACGAUUAUAGAUAUUGCAGAGGUUUUGAAACUGACAGACCCUUCAUUGCUUUACCUUGAGGUCUCAACUUUGGUCGGCCGUUACCCUGAUCUCAGAGAUGACCACAUUGCAGCUCUUCUUGCUGUGAGAGGGGAUGCCAGCAGAGAGAUGAAGCAGACUAUCAUAGAAACUGUGGAACAAAGUCAAAGGCAACAAAGUGCGAACUACACACCAAUAUUUAAAGACAUUAUUGUUCCAACGGUUCCAUCUUUAAGUGUACCAAAGCUACUGAAAUAGUGCUGAGGUUUGCAAUAGCUAUUUUUUGAUCAGUCAUUAUUGAAGUUAACUUUUUUUCAUUGAGAUACUACAUCUAUGAUUUGUCUUCAAGGGAGACUAGCAGGAGAUUUUCGUAAAAGUAAGCUAAAGUAAGUUUCUUUUAGGGUUAGGAUAUGAAAAAUUGGACUUGUCUGUACAGCUUGUAUUUCUUGAUGCAGGUUGUCAUAGAAUUGUAUCUUUGUUGUACAUAACAUAUUCAUUUUGCACCUUAUUGGAUGGAAAUGUAGUGUGAGUUUAGCAUUUACUCAGUGGACUUUAGGGAAAGAGGGUUAAUGGGUACUAUAAAAUGUAAAAGAUUGUGAUACUGUUGCCAAAACACCAUUUUCCCUUUUUGUAUCCUAGUACAGUUUUACAUGGAUCAAAUGUGGUUAACUGCUGUAUGAAAUUGUCUAUUUCAAUUUUAAUGAAGGGAAUAUUUUACCAUUAGGGUACAAUAUAUAGACAUUAUUCUUACAAAUAAAUUGGGUAUUUUUCAGUCACUGAAA